AAUAAAUACCGAAUGAUUCGUUUGCUGAGCAAGUGGACUUUCUCCCGAGUUUCUUUUAAAGUUUAUAGAUCUAGAUUAGAUCUAGAUCUAGAUCUAGUAGUUACAUUUAAAAGUAUUUUUUUACAGAGUUUUAAAAUGUCUACAAUCGCCCAUAAAGGAAAUUACAGAGAGUUGUAUCCUCCAAUUGAGCCCUAUGACACAGGUUUUUUGAAGGUUUCAGAUAUUCACACAUUAUACUAUGAGCAGUCAGGAAACAAGGCUGGGAAUCCUGUUGUAUUCGUCCAUGGAGGGCCUGGUGGAGGAACAAGCCCCACUGACAGAUGUUUCUUUGAUCCUUCAACAUAUCGUAUUAUUCUAUUUGAUCAGAGGGGAGCAGGAAAAUCAACACCAGCUGCCGAGCUCAAGGAAAAUACAACAUGGGACUUGGUAGAAGACAUGGAAAGAUUGAGGAAACAUUUAGGGAUUGAUAAAUGGGUAGUUUUUGGUGGAAGCUGGGGUUCUACCUUAUCUUUAGCUUAUUCUGAAACCUAUCCUGAGUUUGUGAAAGCCAUAAUACUAAGGGGAAUCUUCACUUUGCGCAGAGAAGAACUUGAAUGGUUUUACGAGGGUAAAGGAGCUAAUAUGUUGUUUCCUGACUAUUGGGAAGAAUAUGUGGAUUAUAUUCCUGAGGUUGAGCAUUGCUCUUUUAUGAAUGCCUACUAUAGACGUCUAACGUCAGAAGAUGAAUCUGUUAGGAUUGAAGCAUCCAGAAGAUGGAGCAAAUGGGAAAUGGCUACCUCCCAUCUAUUUAUAAAUGAUGAAAAAGUUGCAAAACCUGCAAAUCAAUCAACAUGGGCCCUCCAGUUUGCAAGAAUUGAAUGCCAUUAUUUUGUGAAUGGAGGUUUUUUUAAAUCAGCCAAUCAGCUAUUAGAUAAGGCUGAAAAUAUCAGACACAUUCCUGGCACUAUUGUACAAGGGAGAUAUGAUGUAGUCUGCCCAUUAGAUACAGCUUGGAAAUUGCAUAAGAAAUGGCCAGAAGCUGAAUUUCAUAUAGCCCCUGACAGUGGACACAAUUCACAGGAGCCUGCCACAAGGACAUUUCUCUUGAAUGCCACAGACAAAUACAAAAAUCUGUAACGUCUUGAACCCAAUUUUUCUCAUUUUGAAUGCAAGCUUAAUGUUAUCAGUAAUAUUUAAUCAGACUAAGCCAACUUUAUUCAUGAAAAUAAAAUGUAUAACAGAUGUAAUACAUGUUUAUUUAGUGUUUGAGAUUAAGUCCUUUGUUCAUACAUUUACCAUGUUUUUUAGUUUCCUGUGCUAUUCCAAAAACUGUUUAAUGUCAAAUUUUAACAACAGAAUCUGCGUUAAGAAAAAAGCUGGAGAAAUGUUUUAUAUUGUAAUAUGUAGAAAGCUAGUCAAAAUAUUUAGAAGUGUGAAAUUGCAGAUUAAUUCUUUAAAUUGAUUAUUUUUUAAUAAACCUAAUUCAAUGCAUUAAACAUUUUAAAUUUUUU